UCUCUGUCCCUCUUCUUCUUCUUCUUCUCAUCAUCAUCAUCAUCAUCAUCUCUCUCAAAAUGUCUCAAAUCUCCAUAACUUCUCCGAAACAUUGCGCCAAGAAAGGAGGGGUUAACAUAAACAAUCGUCACAAGAAACUCUUCUUUACAUUCUCAACGUUCUUCAGCGGCCUCCUCCUCAUCAUCUUCCUCGUUUGGCUCAUCCUCCACCCCGAGAAACCCGAGUUCUCUCUCACAGAAGCCGAUAUAUACAGCCUAAACCUCACUUCCUCUUCUACUCAUCUCCUCAACUCUUCAAUCCAACUCACUCUCUUCUCCAAAAACCCUAACAAAAAAGUAGGGAUCUACUACGACAAGCUACUCGUAUACGCAGCCUAUAGAGGACAACAAAUAACCUCAGAGGCUUCUCUACCGCCUUUUUACCAAUCCCAUGAAGAAAUCAAUCUCUUGACAGCUUUUCUUCAAGGGACUGAGCUACCUGUUGCUCAGUCCUUUGGCUAUCAAAUUGGUCGUGAUCGGUCAGCUGGUAAAGUAAUCAUCGGUAUGAAGAUGGACGGGAAGCUACGGUGGAAGAUUGGGACAUGGGUCUCGGGCGCAUACCGGUUCAAUGUAAACUGUCUUGCAAUAGUGGCUUUUGGAGUAAACAUGACCACUCCUCCAUUAGCUUCCAUACAAGGGACUCGUUGCUCAACAACUAUAUGAUAUAUAAAGAAUAAUCAUAGUUUCUUUUGACUUAUGCCGUUAUGCCUAAUCGUUUUCUCAACCAAACUAUGUAUUUUGAUUUUUUGAUGGCGUUUUUGUGUGUGUGCUGGUAAUUACUACUUCUUGUAAAGCAACAUUGAACUGUUAAUAUAGAAUUAUAUUAGAUGUAAAUAAC